UACACUUCCUUUCUCUGGGUGUCAGACGGUAUGAGAAAAACACAACUCUAGGUCAAACUCGAGAUACUUACUUUUCAAUGAGCACCAAAGAGUUAAUCUUAAAGAGUUUUGGGCCGGAAGUCUGGUGGGUGUAAGAGCGUAGUUAAGAAACGGGACAGUGGGGAGCACACUUUGAGAAGUAGGGAGCUUUUUGUAAAGAAUCUAAUGAGCCGCGCAAAAGUUAGACAUUAAGUGGGAUCGUAACAGGAAUAAGGAGACUUGAACAUUGUAAUGAUGACGGAGAAAGAGUUGGUGAUUGACGACAUCAUUACAGAUGUAAUGGCCACUCCAUCUCCAGCCAAGAGUAUGGGCGACCCAGGCAUCACGCCACUUUCCCCCACACACAUACUGAUGGACUCCGAAGAAAAUGAGCCUACGAGACACCCCUAUGUGGUGGUGGUGGCCAUAGACUUUGGCACCACCUCCAGUGGCUAUGCAUAUGCCUUCACUAAAGAGCCAGAGUGCAUUCACACUAUGAGGCGCUGGGAGGGUGGGGAUCCAGGUGUGUCCAAUCAGAAGACGCCCACCACCAUUCUACUGACCCCAGACAGGAAGUUCCACAGUUUUGGUUAUGCAGCCCGAGAUUUUUACCACGACCUGGAUCCCACUGAGUCUAAGCAAUGGCUCUACCUGGAGAAGUUUAAAAUGAAACUACACACCACUGCAAAUCUGUCCAUCGAUACAGAUUUACAUGCAGCCAAUGGGAAAAAGGUGAAAGCUCUGGAUAUUUUUGCUUAUGCUCUGGCCUUUUUUAAGGAGCAGGCUCUUAAGGAGCUGAGCGACCAAGCAGGGUCAGAUUUUGAUAAUGCUGACGUCAGAUGGGUCAUCACAGUACCGGCCAUCUGGAAAAUGCCGGCCAAGCAGUUUAUGAGAGAGGCAUCGUAUAAGGCUGGUUUGGUUUCUCGUGAAAACCCUGAUCAGCUGAUCAUUGCUCUGGAACCAGAGGCUGCGUCCAUUUACUGCAGAAAGCUCCGUCUCCACCAAAUGGUUGAUUUGGGCAACAAAACGGCCUUGAACGGUUACAGCCCGACUGAGAAUGUUGGGAUGGGAAUGACCCAGGCCAAGGAGCAUGUGCGCCGUAAUCGACAGAGCCGUACCUUUCUGGUGGAGAAUGUCAUAGGAGAGCUCUGGUCUGAACUCACUGAAGGUGACCGUUAUGUGGUUGUGGAUUGUGGAGGAGGGACGGUGGAUCUUACUGUGCAUCAGAUCCGCAUGCCUGAAGGGCACUUGAAGGAGCUUUACAAAGCCUCAGGAGGCCCAUACGGCUCUAUCGGUAUAGAUUAUGAAUUUGAGAAGCUCCUGUGUAAGAUAUUCGGACAGGAUUUCAUUGACCAGUUUAAGAUCAAGCGUCCUGCUGCCUGGGUGGAUCUGAUGAUUGCGUUUGAGUCUCGUAAGAGGGCGGCGACUCCUGACCGAAGUAACCCGUUGAAUAUUAACCUGCCCUUCUCUUUCAUCGACUACUACAAGAAGUUCAGAGGACACAGCGUAGAGCAUGCGCUGAGGAAGAGCAAUGUGGACUUUGUGAAGUGGUCUUCGCAGGGCAUGCUGAGGAUGAAUCCAGAUGCAAUGAAUGCACUGUUCAAACCAACUAUAGACCACAUUAUACAGCACCUGACUGAAUUAUUCGAUAGGCCAGAGGUGACAGACAUUAAGUUUCUUUUCCUGGUGGGAGGAUUCGCAGAGUCUGCUCUGCUGCAGCAGGCGGUUCAGAAGAUGCUUCAGGGCCGCAGCCGAAUUAUUAUUCCGCAUGACGUGGGCUUGACCAUCCUCAAGGGGGCGGUGUUGUUCGGCCUAGAUCCCAGCGUCAUAAAGGUGCGCCGCUCUCCACUCACCUACGGCGUGGGCGUCCUGAACCGUUUCAUAGAGGGGAAACACCCGCCGGAGAAGAUGCUUGUGAAGGGCAGUACGCGCUGGUGCACCGAUGUCUUCGAUACGUUCAUCUCUGUCGAUCAGUCGGUGGCGCUGGGUGAAACGGUAAAACGCAGCUACACGCCGGCGAAGCCGUCACAGCAAGUGAUCGUCAUUCACGUAUACUGCUCAGAAAAAGAGUCGGUCAGUUUCAUCACGGACCCAGGCGUGAGGAAGUGUGGUACACUGAAGCUGGAUGUGAGCGGUACUGAGAGUCCGGCGGCACGAAGAGAGAUCCAGACGCUCAUGCAGUUCGGAGACACUGAGAUAAGAGCCAUGGCUGUCGACGUGGCAACCUCUCGCAGUGUCAAAGCGAGCAUCGAUUUCCUUAGUCAAUAGAAGAAGAUGAGGGAUGAGUAAACCACACACUGCAGAAGCUCAGCAUUUUCGUUUUCCAGUAAAAACAUCCAAACAUCCUUAAAACAUGAUAUGUUUGUUACUUUUAAAAUUGCCAAAGUGACUAUAGAGACAUUUGUUAUAAAGGAUUUCUAUUUCAAUCAAAUGUAAAUAUACGUUAAUCACAGAAUCCAGAAAAAAACAUAUGUAUCACGCAUUCCACAAAAAUAUUAAGCAGCACAACUCUUUUCAAAAAUAAGAAAAGUAUCUUAAGCGCCAAAGUAGCAUAUUCAAACGAUUUCUGGAGAAUCAUGUGACAGAAGGCUGGAGUAAUGUUAAUAAUUACAUCUUUUUGCAAAUUCUUUUAUUUUCUUGUUACAAACAUAAACCACUAAAUCGUUGAUUUAUGCUUACAACAAUAAAGAAAAAACUAUAGGGUAAGAAAAACUUAAUUCAAGAUGUAUUCUUUAAAAUAGUAUUAUAUCUUGUGCAGUUUUGCCUCUCAAGUACUUAUUUUUGGUUUAAAGUAUGUUUAGAUAUUUUGACUGGAAAACAAGACAACAUGCUGAGUAAAAUGUUGACAGUGUAGAAGGAUAGAUGAAAGAAAGAGAACAUUUAAAAUAGAGAAUGAACGAGUCUCAAUUAAUACCAUGUUUGCUGACCUUCCAUGUGGCAUUUGCUUGAAUAGUUGUGCCAUUCAUGUUAUUUUAUUUGGUUAUUUCAUUUCUGAUCCACAACUGAACUCAACAAGAUGAAACUUCUCAUAUUUGGACAAAGCUGAGUUCAUUUUGUCUCAUCGACACUCAUCUAGGCUGAGUCCCUUAUUCUCUGUAUGCUUCUAUUAUAGUCUAUUUGUAGUCUUAGUGGCUAUUUUCUGCACAGAGAUGCAAACUCUGCAUGGAUAGAGCCAAAAUACAGCUGCGUAUUGCUAGUAGUGCAAUUUGGGAUAGCACUCUAUAAUAACUUAGCAAGACAAGUUCAAGUUAAGGCAGCUACAUUAGUCUUAUAUACACACCAUGGCAGAAAUAUAAUAUUGUUCUCUUACAAAACAUACUGCUUUGCUCCUAAACUCUGGUCUGUUAUCUCCAGGGCCCAGUCUAGAACCAGUUCAUUCAUUUAGGUUAUGAUGAGGAGGUAAAGCAGAUGGUUUUGGCUACUGGACUAGUGACCAAUUUGUUAGUCUGAAACAGAAACUCAGUAUGUUCUUCAUCGCAAACAUUUAGGACUAACUUUGAGAAUGGUACCGAAACCUGAGCUACACAUCACAAAGGUGCUGAUUCCUGUGACAAAAUUACCAUCAGUUUGUCACACUAGUGCUACAGGACUACGUGGCAAAACACUUUUUUUUUUUUAUUGUUCUUAUGUCUCAUGUGGAAUUUUUUUCUGUUUUUUUUUUUUUUUUGUAUGUCAAGGCAUUUUAGGAGUUCUGGACAGUGACUCUGUUUGUCUCGAAAUUCAGCAUAUCUUCAUAUUGUUGGUCAGUAUGUUGCUCUAAGCAGAAUGAGAACGCAUAAAUCCUAGAAUGUGAAUCUUAAUCAUUGUUUGAAGUGGCAGUGACCGAGAAGCUGCUAGCUGUACCUGCAACAUGAUUUGAAACGAUAGCCAUUGCUAUAUGCUAGUUGCCUUUAAUCCUGCUCCUCAGAAAGAGAAGCCACAGAUUUAUUUUUUUCUGUUUUUAUUUUCUAUUUUUAUUUAGGAGAUUAUUUUGGAGAAUAUGUGACAAAUGAAAUGUUUAUUUCUGUAUAUACAGUAUUUAAAGAUAUUGUACAGGUUUUUAGUGUUGUUUUCGCAUUAUCGGCUUUAUGAGCAGUGUGUGUAUGCAGGCCUUAAGAGCACACAUUCUUUCUUCCACUCUCACCAGCCUUCAUAUGGAUACUAAAUUCAUUUAUUAACCUAAUCCAAACCUGACCCCCCCCCCCAACUGAAAUGUAAUCCCAUUCCCAAAAACCAUAACUUUACUUUAACCCCAAACUACACCCCUAUGUAGACCAAAAUAAUCCCAUUUGAAACUUAACCCCAAACAAACCUCUAAUUUCCCAUUCCCAUUUUCCAAUUCUCAAAUGCAGUUGUGUGAAAUGCCUUUGUUGCUCUAUAUUUAGAAAUUCACAAGACUUGAAGGCCUUUGACCUUAACAACUUUAAUCGCAGUUAUCAUUUGAAAUAAGAACUUUGUGUAUAUUUUGGUUUGGGAAAUGAGGUGACUGAUAGUUUGUGGUAUGUAUGUGGUCUGUAGAUUAUGCCACUAAUGACAGGCAAUAUUUGUGUGUUUGGUUUGGAAGAUACUGAGAUAAAUGCGACUCUAAAAAAAAUGCAAUAAUGGUAUUGCAAUGUGACGUUCCACAUUUUAUUCCCACUGAUUCCAUCAUGCUAUUCUGCCAAUGUGAAGACUGUGUCAAAGCUUCAGCUGCAAAAUUGUAAUGUUGCUAUGGAAAUGUAUUAAUCAACCAUUUUAAAUCACUGAGGUGAUGAUAACUGAAAAAAAUGAUUUUUAUUAUUUGAAAGUCAGCAUGUAACUCAACUAUGGCGUUCUUUGAGAAAUCUGUCAUGCAGUUGCUUUUCCAUAGAUUUGCAAUAGCAAUACAAGACAAGAAGCGCCAAAUAGUUUUCGCACAGGACAAUUAAAAUUUGUGAUAGCACAGAUCCUGAAUCAAAAGUUUCCCUCUAAAACAUCAUACAAAGCAUCUGCCAGGGUGACCACAGAUUGUGAAUAAAACAUCAUCAAACAAUAUAAUAUCAUUAAAAAUGAAAAAAAAAAAAAUAGCAAGAUACACGCAGGAUAAAAUGCUAAAGCUUCUCAAUGUAAUCUGGAUUUGCUGCUCAUGUGAUUGUUAAUUGCAAAUAAUUGCAUAUGAUCUGCACGAUUCGCAUGAGAGACCAACAAAUGAGACCUUUUUUUCUUUUGGUAAUGUUCGUUUAAAUAUUCUAUUGUAAAUCUUUGGAUAAUAAAAUCCAAGCUACCACAGAUCACUCUCUCAUUGGCUGUGCAAGGCAGUAGAAGCAGGAAGUGAUGUCAUCACGUGUUACGUGUGUAUGCACUUGUAGGGCAGAGCACACACACACAUAGACAUACACUCCAGAUUUGUGGAGUAAGCACACCUUUUUUGCUCUUAGAGUGUUGAUAGGGUGAAUGUUAAAAAAUAAAAUCUCUUUGUUCUGCUGGUUGAAACAUUUGCUUUUGUUCUUCUCUUGAUUUGCACCAUACCAGUUCAUGGGCAGCUUUGCUAUUUUUAAUUUAAUUUUAUUUUUUUAUUGAUAACACAAUGUAUAGCCUCUUUAUAAAAUGUAGUUAUUGCUGUGAUAUGCUUGUACAAGCACAUAAAGAGCACUAUUGUUCUUUUGUUUAUCAAGUUUCAUUUUGAUCACUCUGUCUGAAGUAUUAAGACGUUCUUUGCUGUAGAGGGACAUUUGCUAAUAAUUCACUGUGAAUUUGAUUUUGAAUGGCUUUUCAGCAUUGUUUUAUUGCACUGGUUUUAGCUAAAAGAAAAUUGACCAGUUCAUAGGGUUUGAAAAACAGAAGAAUUUCACUGUUUGCUAGAUUCUUUAAAUGCUUGAAAGUCUCUUAGUCAUUCACUUAGAUCCAAGAUGGCUGCUCGGCCCUAGAGCGGACAUGGACUUUCACUCACUGUGUAAACUCACAAACUAGACCUACUGGGUUUUAUUUUUAAUCAAUGGAUACAUUGUCACUGCUCUUACCAUAUGCAUAUCCAAAAAGAUUUGCAACUCUGUUUCAAUCAAUGCCAAGUACUAACAGCCAAACUGUC